ACCUACUGUGCGUAUACUGGUGUAUUAGCAAACUAACGUUACUCGAUCAGCAAAAAGCGUGACUCGAGGGGGGCAGGGAGAGAACGACGAAGGCGCGGUGAGCCAGGAGCGGCCGAUGAGUUCAGACCAGGGCGGAGAGCCGCAGCUGCAGGAGGAGGCUGAGCCGGGACCCAGAACCCGUGGGGAGGACGAGAUCACACCCGGGACCGGGGGAGACUCAGGCGUCAUGGUCACUGCUAAAGGAGCUGGUCUGAACCCUAAUGCCAAGGUGUGGCAGGAGAUCCCUGCAACACAAAGUGAAGCUCCUGUGGAUGGCAUUGUGGCCUCCCCCUGGUCACAGAACAAUACGGCUGAAGAUACCUCAGUAGGUAAACUGUACACGUCUGGCUUCUCCACUCCUGAGGACAACAGCACCUCUGGUACUGUAGUAGGUGUGGUGAACGGUAUGGACCCCCCUGACCAAAGCUUCCCGGUUUCUGAGCGCACUACAGCAACUAAUGUGGAGUCCAAGCUCCCUUAUGAACAGCCUGUCUCUGAAGAGACUUUGCGCGAGUCUCUCAAAAAAGAAUUGGAGUUCUGUUUCUCCAGGGAGAACUUAUCUAAAGAUCUAUAUCUAAUAUCUCAAAUGGACAGUGACCAGUUUGUUCCUAUUUGGACUAUUGCCAGCAUGGAAGGAAUCAAGGUCCUUACAACCGACACGGACCUCAUCUUGGAUGUCCUCAGAUCAUCUCCUAUGGUCCAAGUUGACGAAAAAGGGGAAAAAGUGCGGCCAAAUCACAAGCGGUGCAUCAUCAUUCUGCGAGAAGUCCCUGAAACAACUCCUGUUGAGGAAGUGGAAGCCUUGUUCAAGAAUGACAACUGUCCCAAGGUAAUAAGCGUGGAGUUUGCACACAACAACAACUGGUACAUUACAUUCCAAUCGGAUACAGACGCUCAACAGGCAUACAAAUAUUUAAGGGAAGAAGUGAAGACAUUUCAGGGAAAACCAAUCAUGGCCAGAAUAAAAGCCAUCAACACGUUCUUUGCAAAGAAUGGUUACCGCAGCCUGGACUGCAGUGUGUAUCCUCAGCAAUCUCACACUCAGUCCCAGUACAGCUCCCCUCUCUUCAUGCAGCCUGUUUACAGCCCCCAGCAGCAGUACCCACUCUAUGGCAUAGUACCUCCUACCUGGACGCCUUCUCCUACUCCAUACUUUGAGACUCCCCUUGCACCUUUUCCCAACAGUGGUUUCGUCAAUGGAUUUAGCUCAGCUGGACACUACAAAACUGGCUCAAAUUCUCUCAACCUUAGCCGUCCCUUUAGCAGGAACCGUGUUCCACUCUAUUCAAGAAAGAAUGUAAUAAAUGCCUUCAGGAACCAUGUGAAGCCUCAGACGAGAGCUAAUGAUGGUCUGUCUUCCACUGUGUCCCCGGUGGCUCUUGUGGAUGGACUGUCUGGUUUGCACAGUCCUCAGCCUCCCUCCAGCGCCGGGCCAGUGCUGUCAUCCACUGAGCUCAACUCAUCCUUUCCACACCUAGCUUCCAAUGAUCCAAAUGACGAUGGUACCAUGGUGGGACGUGGAAGGAGAACGACAUACAGAGGCACUCGAAGGCGGCGAGAGGAUGAUCGCACAACAAGACCAGUUCCCCUGUCUCAAGUCAAGGUACCACCCCCCAAGUUUGACCUGGCUGCCUCCAACUUCCCUCCGCUGCCUGGCUGCUCUGCCAGUCCGCAGGGGGAGCCUGUGCUGGAGAACCGCCUCUCUGAUGUUGUAUGGGGCCUGAAUAGGGAAAAACAACAGAAUUCAAACAAAGAGCCUGCUGUGAGUCCCGCAGCCCCAGCCACAGGCGAGACUGUCUCCAGGCCCACCCAGCCUGUAGCCAAGAUGACUGCUCAUGUCCCUGAUCCUGCGACCUCCAGCUCCAACCACCUGGAGAAGAAACCGGAGAAGGUGGAGCCUCCGGUCUAUAAAGAGACGUCUGUGACCUCUGCCCCCGUCGCAGCCGUGCCACCCAACCCUGCCCCAACAGCAUCUGAUCCAAAGCCUCAAGCCACCUCGGUCACGCCUGCAGCCCCCCAAUCUAACACUGCCCCCUCCAGUUCCCCCGCGCUGGAACCUCGCAAGCUCAGUUACGCUGAAGUAUGCCAGCGACCACCUAAGGAUCCCCCUCCUCCAGGAUCCACUUCCAGCCUCAACAAUGGAAGCACACAGCCUCUGAGAGAGCUGCGCGUCAACAAGGUGGAGGAGCAGCCCUCCAGUCCUGCAAACAAACAGGAGAGGCCUCAGGAAACGGGGGGAAACUGCAAGGCCAGGGAGGGCCGACCGGCCCGUGACUCCCAGAGCUUUUCUCGCAGCAAUGGACCCCCCAGAACCAGUACAGGGGGGUUCAAGCUACGGGAGCAGCAGAGACGCCCUCCUUUUGGCCAUCGCGGUUCCCCCCAGGGAGGUUCCAGACACACUGGAAAAGAGCAGAACAUCCCCCCCAUAUCGCCAAAGUAAAGACUCUAACAGAAAUCCUUAAUGUAUGAAUAUUUAUACACGCAUAUAUAUAA